GUGCUAGAAGUAGCCAAAGCCAUUCAGGACAGUGGUGAAGAAAUUCCUGUAACACUAACUGGAAAGCUGUUGAAAUUUCAACUGCUUUGUCUGAAACAGAAGGACCUUCAGAGAAGAGAAGCUGAAAAGAAGGCAGAAGAAGAGCAACGAAAGGAGAAAGAUGGAGGGAAAGAGAAAGCUAAGCCUCCUGGCAAGACAGCUGAGAAAGAAAGGAAAGGAAAAAAGACAGAAGGAGGCCCUUCAGCCUCAGUCACUGUUAAAAAGGACACUCAACUGAGGCAACGGGGAGAAGUGGAAGAGAAGGACAAAUACAUUGAUGAUGAACCAGAUGAUGGUGCCCAUCACUACUUUAUAAUUUUGGAUUUCCACAACCCUCAGCUGUUGCCUGUGAUGUCUGAGCUUGGGAUUAACAUUUCAAGUGUAAUUAGAAUCUCUUCUGAGAAUUAUGAGCCAUUGCAAGCAUACUUGGAAGCAACUAACCUUCAGGAAGAAUCUUUAGUUUCACCUGAAGUUACAGAAGCAGAGAAAAGAAAGAAAGAUGAAGCUAUCAAAAAUCUGGAAACAUUUUGGAAAUACCUGGAGCCGGUUCUGAACAGUGGAAAGCAUGGAUCAAGUCUCUUUGAUGUUGCCAGACUUCAUCACCUCGUUAAGGAGAGUGCCUUUCCCGCUGAUUGGUCUGACAGAAAAAUGCUGCUUGCAUCUGGCACCGUGCUGUUUGAAAGUAUUGCUUGUUUAAUGUAUGACUGCCUGGACUGGAGAAGACAGCAUUGUAACUACUUGGAAAACACCAAGUUUAUUAAUGUGCCUGCAUUAUCAGAGAGCAAAUCGACACAACCACCUGUAACUGAGGUACAACCAGUACCACAGAUUACACCUUCAAAGACAAAAGGGCAAGCAGAAGAAAUUCUGCCAACAGUACUUUCGUCACAGGCAGAGGAAGAAGCUUCUAUUUUGGCUUCUUCCGUGGACAUGAGGUAUUACAAUGACUUGCUGAGUCAGAUUCCCGAGGAAUACUUUUCUGUACCUUUGAUGGUGAACUGCAUGUUGGAACAGGUUAUUGCAAGUGAAGAAGACCUUACACCACCUAGUCUGGUGGUACCAGAGCCUCGGGCAGAUGGGCUGCAUCAUACCGUUGCAGAUUAUAUAGCCUCUGUCCUUCCUUCUCUUUCACUUUCUGAGGGUGAAAAAAAGAAUCUAUAUGACUACUUUUCUCCUAAAUACAGUGAAAAAAGUUCUGUCACCCCCAAGUACCCUCUGUUAUUUAACUACCAUGAUACUCUGGCUCAGCGGUUGCACCUGCUGAAGGCCCAGGAGAACUUAAAUCCAGAAAAAAUUGAAUGUGAAAUGAUGAAUAAACUGCUUAUUACAGAACUUAUCCAUUUCACCCUUCCUUCAGCUGAAAACAACACUAAACGCUUGGCCAGAGUUCACGAGCUCAUGCAUUAUUGUACCAGUGAACUCCUGAGUUGGGCUGAAGUAGAAAGAGCCUUCAGAGUGUUUACUUUUGAAAGCCUGAAGCUGACUGGGCUGAGUGACUCUGGUGUCCUGGAGAGCUCUGGAUCUAUGGUUGGAGGCAAUUCUGAAGUGCCUUGUAUCCCUUGGGCUGAUCCAGCCAGGUUUGCAGGGCAGCUGAGACAACUCUUCCUUAUGGAAAAGAAGCUUAAUGGGAAAUCUCCAAGAGGCUGUGGACAUAGAGAAAUGAAUGGCAAAGAUGGAAGAGAUGCUCUGGCUGAUCCUGUUUUGAACAAGGGAUUGGAUGUUUUUAUUUCUGAUAUGGCGAGUCUGGAAAAUUAUGGCCUAGGACCAAACUUAGAAGAAAUAAAAAAGACACAGAGGCGCUGCUUGACAGACUGGAGUUUUGCUGAGCAUUUUCCACCCCAUGUUCUUCUUCAGGUUCUUCAUACUGCAUCCCAAGAGUAUAGAUGCAUUGAUUCCUUUUAUCAUACCCAAGAUAACUCUUUGCUAAUGGUUCUUCACAAUCCUAUGAAUAAGUAUCGUUUGUGCCAAGAGACUUGGGAUAUUGCAUUGCAUUCUAAUGUUGGAUUCAGGAACUAUCUUGAGCUGGUGGCCAACUCAAUUGCAGACUGGGUGAAAGAGGAAGAAGUCAAAUACCAAGAAGAGAAGAUGGCUAAGACAUCAGGACCUGAAGGCAUAAUAGAGACCAUUCCAGAAUCAGAAUCCAACAAUAAAGAAAGUCCUUUUAUCAGAGAAGGUUCUCUAAAGGCUUGGAAGGAGGAGCAGGACCGAUUACUAGAGGAAGAACAACUUAAGGGAGGAAAAAAAGAAAAUUUGGGACAUAAAAAGAAAGGACAGGAGAUGAUAACGCAUGAAGACAGUAAUGCUUCCAACAAGAAAUCUUCCAAAGAGAAGUAUAAAGAUGAGUCAGCAAAAGUCCCUGAACUUGAGGAGGAUCCCAACAUCCCAGAACCACAUUCUGAGAAAGAGUAUAAGUUUCUUGGCUACAAUAUGGGGGAGGAUCUUAUUCAAGUAUCAGGAACCAAUCAGUAUCUUUUUCCAUCUGAUGGAGGACAGAUUCAAGUAGAGAAGAUAGAGUUUGUCAAAGGUCUAACUUUGGUAAAGCUGAAAGUGAUAAAAGACAACCACAAUUUCUUCAUUCAUAUCACAGACCCCAAGGAAAACUUAAAAGAAAUCGAAGUGCAAAAACUUAAUGAAGAACAGAAAAUUAAAUCAGGAAAAUUAAAAAAUCAAAAGAAAGCUGUGAGCAAGUUUGGAUCUUUUUCAGCCACCUUGGAAAAUGGAAUCCAGCUGUCCUUGAGCUAUUAUGGACCUACAGGGAAGACAGCAGAUGAUGAAACAGAUCCUGUCUUAGCAAGAAUUAUGAACAUCCCUUCUGUUCAUACUCCAACUGAAAUUUCUGCUGUUAAAUCAGCUUCAGGAAAAACAGAUAAGUCUGUCAAACAAAAAUCAGGAAAAUCUCUGCCAUCUGGAAAAGCAAGCCAUAGCAAAAUAGGCCCUCCACCACCUGAUGACCUGGUAAAGCAAGAAGGAGGAAAGAUGGAAAUGGAAGAAUCAUCUUCCCAAACGCAAGUGAUAUCAAAUGCUCCUGCUUUUCCAAGUUUGAACAUCUCCUGUCCCAAUGGACUAGUAUUAACUUUCCUUGGUGAAAGUUUUGGAGAUUUGAAGGGUGAAGCCACUGCAGCUGAAGCUGAGAAAGAGGUGAUAAAGAAAAGUGAGGCCAAAGCAGAUAAAGCGAAGGAAGAGGAGGUUGAGAAAGGUGAGACCAAAGCAAAUGAAGCAAAGGAGGAAGAGGUCAUGGAAAGUGGAGAGAAGGAACAUGAGGUUACAGAAGGUGAAAUAAAGCACAAAGAUGCCAAAAGACAACAGACCAAGCAGCCUGCUCUGGAAAUUCUGGUUAGGCAGAGUUAUCCCCAAAGGGUAAAGAACUCUCAUCUAUAUACGCCUGUGGCAAGGCAAACAGAACAAGAGAUGUCAAGAGUCAUCACCAGUCAAGGAACUGUCAUAAAGUACAUGAUGGAUGGCUCUACCCAGAUUCUGUUUGCUGAUGGCACAGUGAGUAGGAGUCCUGAUUCUGGCCCUGUCCUGCCACCACCCACGAUUCCAGAUGAUAUGCUACUGUUACCAGAAUCAGAGCCUGUACCUGAGAUCAGCACUAAGAAAGGAAAAGGCAGUGACAGAAACAGUAUAUCAUACCCAACCAAGGAUGAAUUGUUUGAAAAUACUGUUCAGGAUCUGCUUAAUCCUGAGCAACCUAAGGAGAACCAGGCAGGAACCUGGAUAACAACAACUCCAUUAGGCAUUCGAGUGGGCACUGAGGGAGCAAAAAGAAUGGAUCUGAAGCCACUCUUAUUCUAUCAGGCAACUGACCCAGCUGAUGGAACGGUUAUGACUGUACGAGAUGAUGAAGUGGUAAUUGUUGAAAAACUGGAUGGUAGCAGAGUAGUAGAUCAUGCGGAUGGUACUAGGAUCACAACUUUUUAUCAAAACUGUGAAGAAUUUUUUGUACCAGACAAUAGCAAGAAAACAGAUAAACCCUUGGAAGCCACCACAAGGAAGGUGAAAUGUGUGCAAGUAGAGAAUCCUGAGUUUGCUACUGUUAAAACAAAUUGUGAGGACGGUACCUGUUGUACCAUCUUUGGAGAUGGGACGUCUAUUAUAGCAAAGCCACAGGGAACGUAUCAGGUUUUGCCUAUCAAGACAGGCUCUCUUUUCAUUGAUGAAGAUUGUUCAGCGGUUUAUACCCAUGAAGUUUGCCAUUUCAUCAGCAAGAAAGAAGAGAAACAAGCAGGGAGAUACAUUAUGAAACACACUUCCAGCACUAUUUGUGAGAUGAUGGAUCCUGAAGGAAAUAUUUUCAAGGUCAUGGCUGAUGGCAGCACAUCUGUAUGUGUUCCUAGCAUUGGCUCUGAUGACAAGGAGGACAGAAGUUCAGCAUCAGCACUCCCAGAAGUUAACAAACCUGUCACUUAUGAUGAGCAUGUCCCCAGGUUCUUCAUCAUCUACUCGGAUGGUUCUGGAACCGAGCUCCUGCGGAGCAAGGAAGUACAUGAGUAUCUGGCCAAGGCCCGUAGUGAUCCCGCUGCUGCUGUCUUGCAGGAUCCUGUACAAGAAUGUCCAGGUGUUUUAAGUAUUACUAUCCUCUGCCCUUUGGCUGAAGCCUCCCCCUGGGUGAUGAAGAAAGAACCAGAGAGCAUUGUUCCUCUAAAUCUUCAGUCACAGACCAAUGACACAUUUUCUCCUCUUGAGAGGAAGAUCACAGGUCCCUCAGUGAGAACACCUAUUUGGAGGGGUCUCUGCAUUGGAUCCAAAGAGCAGACGUCCUUGCCAGUGCCUGUGCGAAAAUGUCCUAAUAAACUGCAAAUCCGUCAGCUAUUCCAGUAUGAGCCACUCAGUGAUGAACUAAGAGAAAAGCUGCAGCUUUCCCUCAAGGAAUAUAUAAACAACAUUUUAAAGCAGGAAAAUGAGCUGGAAGAGAUGAAUGUAAAAGAACCAAGAACAGAAGAGGAAAAGGACAAUGCUGCAAGUCUCCUUGAACUGGUUAUGUCCUUCCCUAACUGGGAGAAGUCAACUGAAAAUCUCAAUGAUAGAGCUCGCAUAACUGAGCUGUAUGAACAGGCAGUGGCUUCCCAUCACCGGUGUCAUACAGAGAAGACAAUCACUACACAAAGAGAGGACCGACAGCAAAGGUUCAGCCCAGAAGGAGUAACACCAGUGUCCAAGUGGCAAAGUAGACUAGAAGAGCACAGGAAAGAACUUGAUGAAGGAAAGAAGACUUUGAUGGCAAUAAGAAACAAAAUAAUUCCUCCGUAUUUCAAAUCAGAAUUUGGCAAGGAGUUUUUCUCAAAAAAGUUUCCUGAUGUGGAAGCAUUGUCUAUGGCACUUCCUCCAGUUCAAAAAAAAGAAAGUGUGCAUUUCCCUCUAGAGACAAUCAAAAAACCCAGCGGAGCAUCUGAAUGUCUCAGUACCAUGAGUGAUUCCUCAUCUUCACCUGACCUUCUGCUGCAGGCACAUUCCAAACAAAAUGAAGGUUACAGCAGCACAACAG